CAGAGGUUGAGCACAUUGUAGCAGGCGGUUACAACCAUGAUACAGUUUAUUUCGUGUAGUAAUGAAUGAAACACAUAUUUCGAAGCAGUUUAGGACGGAGCUUUGAUCACACACCGUCACGGACAGUAACUCAAUAGCUGCGUGUGAGUGCACAAUAUAGUUGAACAACUUCUCCCCGUUUACGUUCAUAGACCAGAAGAGAGAUGGCUGGAAUCCUGUUUGAGGAUAUCUUUGAUGUAAAAGACAUUGAUCCAGAUGGCAAGAAGUUUGACAGAGUGUCUCGUCUACAUUGUGAAAGUGAAUCUUUCAAAAUGGACCUCAUCUUGGAUGUAAAUAUUCAGAUAUAUCCUGUGGAUCUUGGUGACAAGUUUAGAUUGGUCAUUGCCAGCACAUUAUAUGAAGAUGGAACACCGGAUGAUGGGGAAUAUAAUCCUCAGGAUGACAGGCCAUCCAGAGCAGAUCAGUUUGACUACGUGAUGUACGGGAAGGUUUACAAGAUCGAAGGCGAUGAGACUUCAACAGAAGCAGCCACACGCCUCUCUGCUUACGUGUCUUAUGGUGGCCUCCUCAUGAGGCUGCAGGGAGAUGCCAACAAUCUCCACGGCUUCGAGGUGGACUCCAGAGUCUACCUUCUCAUGAAGAAACUGGCCUUCUAAAACCCUGUUUGCCCUUUUUCUACCAGUGCCGCAAUUAACUUUGAAGUCAUAUUGAACUGAAAACAUUUGUAUUCCAGUCUGGAGCCCCAAACCAUCUCCAAGAGUCAAUUACAGAUUGACCACAUGGUGGGACAGUUGUUUUUUUUUUCUUCUUCUAAUUUUUGUAGUUCAUAAAUGUUCAUCCAAGGAAAUUAAGGACUGUGAUAUUAUGCAACCUCCAUCUGCUGACAAACUGUAAAUAAAUGAUUAUCUUUUUAUACAUA